AUGUUGUCGAUGUGCAGGAUGUGGACACCUAGGACACUUAUCCGUUCGCGUGCACUCUCACGUACCCCAUUGGUCUCUCACAGGUGGUACGCGGCCGCGAAACCCCCCAGUCUGUGGGCACGGACGAAGCGUGCUGGGACAUUCACUGCUUCCGGUGUAGCGGUCGUUGGAGGGACCGCAGUGACAGCUGUCGUUCUGUACCUCGUUGGCUCAGAACUGUUCUCCCCGAACGGUGACACGCAGUUGUUCAACAGGGCCGUGACGCUCGUAGAACAGGACCCGGUCGCCAGGGAACUUCUCCAAUGCGCGGACACCCCGGGCCACAACGAGCGGCUCAAGGCGUACGGUGAGCUCAUCACCAACGACAGGUGGACGCGGAAUAGGCCCAUCAGGUCCCGGAGGCAGCUUGACAAUGAGGGCCGCACACACGUGCUGCUCAGGUUCCACCUCGAGUCCAAGCGACACGUCGCACUCGUCCACGUAGACGCAGUCGAGGAGAGCAGCGUCUCGAAACCGGCAUUCGUCAACGUCUACGUAGACGUCAGGGGACACAAGCGCCACUACGUCGUCAAACCGAAACUGAACAAGUCCGCGCGUAAACCAACUAGCAUCUUUUGGUGGACGAACAAUCGCUGA